AUGCCUCUCCCAAUGCAAGUUUCGCUUCCACUGGCGCUGCACCUGCGUAGUCCCGUUACAUACAAUUUUUUACUAAUGAACACUGGAAGCCUGGAGAGGUACGCAUACUCUGUCCCAGCCGCAUAUAUUGCCCCACCCCAGCCGGCUUCUGCAUGUGUUUGUACUAAUCCGUUUGCGCAGAAAUUCGAAGAAGGCCGCACGCUCAACGACUUUUUCUUCCUGGACCGCCACUCAGGCCGCGGCAAAGCAACUGUCCUCUUCGCCGCUAUCCUACGGGCCAUAUUCAACCACCCGGACUGGUCGCAGCUGCACGAAUUCUUCAGCACACGGUAUCCCGAGGGCGAGGAGAGCGAUAGCGACACUGAUGCAAGCACUCACCCCGAGGCCGCUGCACGAACCCUCCAUCCCUUCGACGACUCAUACCGUGACCAUAAACCUAGCAUCGUGCACUUUCGAACUGACCUCGAAUCCGUCAAUUUGCCCAAGGAUCUGCCUUCGCUCCUCGCAACAGCCGGUCGCACCUCGCGGUCUGGCAUGCUCGGCCCCGAUCCGCAGCCCGCCGCCAUCGGUCCAGCGAUUAGCCUCGCCUGCGGCGCCGGCGCAUACAUGGACCUCAUCUAUGCAGGCCAAACCCCAGGCUCAUACCACGAGCUCACCUCGAUCAACGGGAGCCUGUGCGGGUGGGAGAAUGGUACAUUCCGCGCCCUGACAACUCCCCUCGCCGACCCCAACCCUGUCAGAAAGCAAGGCGGGCGGGGCCGGUACUGGGCCGAAUGGGCCGCUCUCUGGCGCGCAAUCUCCGACUGGAUCUACGAGCACGACGUGACAGCGCUGCAACUUGGAUUUAUAUCCACCUAUAGCCACAAGUACCGGCUCAGCAACGAGGAAGAUCGCUCGUUUGACCAUUUCGGCAAAGUCCCGCGGGAGUUUUUCGAGACGGACGCGGUUAGCGCGGCGGAUGCGGUUCGUGAUGUCUUUACUCAACUUGCUGCCGAGCCCGGGCGGUUUCAGGGUAUUGAGUGGGCGUACUUGGAACUUGAUACGCCGGAACGGGUGAGGGAGGGGUUUUAUAGCCGGUUUGGCUGCGAUCCGGGUAGUGUAGGUGGGGCGUCGAUGAGGUUUGCUGAGCUGCUGCGUGUGACUGGGGGACAAAAUACGCUUGUUUAUGAUGAGGUCAGUCCAGCGGCGUUGAAGAGAUGUCCGGCCACGGUUCAUGGGGCGGAGUGGGAGGCGUGGCUGUUGAGUAUUGAGGGGGGAGAUGUGGUUAUUGUGGAAACGAUGUUUCAAGCGCUUUGGGCUGUUAUUUUGUUGGAACAGCUACCGUUGGACAUAAGGAUUCUCAAGGGUGGGAGUAUGGUUCCAAGGUAUAGGGAACCGACCCAUGUAUAUCUGUAG